UGUACUGUGUACAUAAUCAUUGAAUAUCUUGUGGUUAGUUUUGAUGUUGAAACGCUCACAUUUUUGUUUUUGACUAAUUUUUUUUUUGAAUUUAACUUAUUAUAUUUUUGAAGUGUUAUUUUAAAGUUUCAUGUUGUUAUAUUUGAUCAUUCGUGAACUUGUUAUCCGUCGAUCGCCGAUUUAUUAGCGAAAAUCAACACACAGUGAAACAGUAUAUUUUUUUACAGAGCGCCAAUGUUAUCAUCGUCCUGAUCGACUGAUGUAGAAAUGGGAAUUUGUGUGAAAAAUUAAAAAAAAAAAAUUACACAACACCACACCGGUAAUACCGCCCACUGCGUUUUUCCCUCGACAUAAUACUCAUUGAUCUCUAUUUAAAACACUACUAGACCUCACUUAGUUGGUCAUUUAAAAUGAGUUACGGCGAUUCAGAAGCAAAAAUGAACCUCUCCGCGCUGCAACGAGUCGACCCGUACGUGGAUAGCAUUGUGCAAACGGCUGGACACGUUGCACUGUAUUCGUUUAACGCCGAUGUAAAUGCGUGGCAAAAAACCAAUAUCGAGGGCACGCUACACGUUUACAGCAGAUCGGCCGAACCUUUUCACAGUCUAAUGAUAAUGAACAGAUUGAAUACGAAUAACUUGACAGAGCCAAUUGAAAACGGACUGGAUCUUCAACUUCAGGAACCGUUUUUGUUGUACAGAAACUCUAAUAAUUCGAUUUACGGCGUUUGGUUUUAUGACAAACAAGAUUGUACCAAAAUAUCUACGCUGCUAAAAACACUAGUAAAGAAUUUGGCCGAGAAACAAAAUGAAAAAUCCACUAAAAAAGAAACGGGUUCUGCAAAAAGUAUCGAUCUCGUUUCGAUGCUGAGCAGAGCUCAAGAAGAUUAUAGGGCUAACAAGACCAGUACCAAAGGAACUGUAACGCCGACCAAAAAAAUCGAGGAAAGCGCUCCCCCUCAGUGCGUGAUGGACUUCUUUGCCAAGGCGGGAAGCGGGAAAAAUUUUUCCGAAGGAUUACCGUCGUUGUCGAAUUACGCGAGUACCCAAACGCCCGCGUUAAAAGUCGGGUCAAAGGAAAACCUCAUGCACAAGCUAAUGGCCAGCCCGAUCCACACUGUGGAACAGAUCGAAAUGCAACAGCGAUCGGUAACGCCCAGGGCGGACGUUCCGGUAGCCGUAUCGCCGGCCGCCGAGCGUGCCAAGCCAGUGAACCAAUGUCUGUUCAGCAAUCCAAAGCCUCGGACUUCCUCGAAUCAAUCUACGACCCCCCAACAGCAAGAGGACAGCAAUGGACACGUUCACCGUAGUAACGGAUAUCAUAAAACUAAAGAAAGUCAUUAUAGCGCGUCGCUAAUUGAACAGUUUCUCAAUGCCAAUGAAUCCUCUAUUGACAAAUCUGACACGGCAAUGGGUUCGACGUCCUCGAUAAGUAAGAUAGUAGAAUCGCAUAGGAACACGAUCGAGUCGGAUGAACUAAUGCCGCCCACCAGAUUCAUCAUGGACGAUUUCGAAGACGAACUCGUCACGUCUUCCGUUAACGCGAUGACGCUGAACGAACCCAAACUGCCGGCGGCGUCCAAACUCGAACCCUUGACGAAAAAUCAGUUGCUGCAGGCUUUCGAUUACUUGUUGAAAAACGAUCCGGAUUUUAUGGUGAAAAUACACGAAGCCUACGUCAAAUCGUUGUUAAGAAAUUAAAUCUUAGCGCAUCCUAAAAUAUUCCAUUACUUUAACACACGAGUAACAAAAUCACUUCAAUAGAAAAAAAAAACUUUAUUUUGACAAAAACAAACAAAAUUGCAUACCAUUAUUUCACCCUGACCGCGAUAAUGUAUAUGUAUAAGGAAUACAUAUAUAUACGUAUUAUAUAUUGCCGCGAAUUAAAACGAAAGAUAUUUUUAUGUUUUAAAAAUCUCGACCAAUAUAACAGUUUUAAAAUAAAAUAUCCACAGUAGUCAUUUAAAUUAUUUUGAUUUAUUUUUCGCAUUAUGUAAACAUUUGGAUUAUAAAAAAUAAUUUAAAAAAUUGACCUCAUUAUUAUUUUAUAUAAAAGUAAAUACAGCGUACUUUUUGUCAAUGGUAUAUUUAUUUAAUAUUAAGAAUUUCAUUAAUUUCCUGCUCGAACAUUGUUUUGCAAUUUA